AGGAGACAAGGCUGAGCGGCCAUGUGGCUGCUGCUGAGCGCCGUGGCUGCGCUCGUCGCGCUGCCUGGCGCGCUGGCCAAGUGCCCUUGGUCGCGGGACUUGGUCGACCUGCACGCCGACUGCAUCUGCGCCUACAGCAGCACACAGCGCCUCUCCGUUCAGUGCCGCCCCGUGAACUUCGCGCGACUGAUGAACGCGCUGCACGCGUCGGCGCAGAACGUGCCCAUCGAUCUGCUACACAUCAACAACAGCACCGUAGAGGCGCUGCCGGACGGUGCAUUCGCCAAGCUGGACAUCCAGUCACUGCAUUUGGCGCGCUGCCAGCUGCGUCAAGUUUCCGAGCGAGCGCUACAGGGUCUCGAGAACAGCCUGGCCAGCCUCAGCUUACCCGACAAUCGGCUCGAGGAGGUUCCGGUGGCGGCCCUGCGACGCCUGGCCUCACUCCGCCAGCUGGACCUGUCCAGCAACGCCAUCCGACAAGUGCCCGACGGGGCUUUCAGCGGCCUGCCUCUGAACACGCUAAAGCUAGCCGACAACGAGUUGAACAUCGCGGACGACGCAUUCGCCGGCCUCCAGGACUCGCUCAAGAACCUCAACCUCAAGGGCACCGGCCAGGAGCGCGUGCCGCGCGCGGCCAGCCAGCUGACCUCGCUUGCCUUCCUGGACCUGGCACAGAACAAGAUUGCAAGCUUGGCACCCGAGGACCUCAGCGGCAUGCACACGCUCACCGCACUAAACCUGGAGCGCAACCGCAUCGUCAAGAUCGACGCAGACGCAUUCGCCGGUAUCAACGACACUCUCAGUUCACUCUCGUUGCUCAACAACCUGCUCGUCGAGUUCCCCGGCCAAGCACUCGCCACGCUCACCGAACUUCGGGUUCUUGACCUGGGGUUCAAUGGAAUUCGGAACCUACCAGAUGAUGCCUUUGCAAACAACCCUUUCCUCACACUCCUGGCACUUGAUGGAAAUCCCAUGGCAACUAUACCACUAGAACCUUUCCGACACCUCAACACUACUCUCAGGGGAAUCAGUAUUGGAGGACCCUACCUUGAGUGUGACUGCCGGAUAAGGUGGAUUGCAGAGUGGAUUGCGAACAAAGACCUCCAAGUAACAAGUCGUGAACGAAACCCUCAAUACUGUGGAAAGCCCGACCACCUCAAGCGACGCACAUUUGCAAAAAUUGAGCCUUCAGAGUUUAUAUGCAAUGUUUCAACUACAACACCACCCCCAACAACAACUACAAUGAUGACAACAACAGUUCCUACGACAACUACUGAAAGUAAGCCUGUGAUGCCAACCACCACAAGACCUCCUACCACACCAAGCACCACUAUAAUGAUGACAACUACAACCACUACUAGUACUAUGACGACACCUUCAGUGGCACCAGCAAUCACUACAACUACAGCUCCUGAACCAACAAGUGUUCACCUAAAUGAACUGGUUGUUGCAGAAACCACCACCUUCAGGGAGCCAUUUGUAUCAUUGAGCGAGUCAGCAGCUGAUGUCGUCACAUAUGCUCCAGAGCAAACUGAUGCACCAGCUCCAUCUCAAAGACAAGCCAGCAACAAGCACGUUCGUCCACUACUAUCAUCCCCAAGGAAUCAAGACACUCAGGCACCAUCCACUAAAGUUCUGUUAGUUCCAUAUAUUUUGAAUGCUCAGAGAAAAGAUUCGGCAGUCACUAUUGAGUGGCAAAGUGAUGGAGAGUCUCCUUUAGGUUUCCAAGUAGUUUAUCGACUCUUUGGAGAGAAGAUUUAUCGCCAUGGGCCUACACUCCGGCCAGAUCAGAGGAAGUACACAAUGCAAAAUCUGCCAACAAAUGAGUGCCUUGUGGUGUGCAUUGUAAACCUGCAAGAUGCACAAGACAUUGGUAUAGACGACAUCCUACCCUCCCGGUGCAAAGAGCUCAAGCUAGAGCGCUACGUAAUUGCCCAUUUAGACAAAAUCAUCAUUGCAUCUUCAGCAGCUGUGUGUGGCAUCAUCAUACUGGCUGUCAUCAUCUUUCUUUGUUGCUGGCGCAAGAAGCAAAGUCGUAGCAGUGGUCACAAAUCUCGUCUGCCAUUGCCAACAUCUACUGUACACCCAACCAUCAAGCCAACAGAUGAGUGGGAGACCGUGUCUAUGUACAGCAGCCGGAGUAUUCCUCGAGCACGCAUGUAUCACAUGGAUAAUGCCAAUGGAUCUGUAAAUCAGAGCUUUGUCAUGGAUGACAAUCGCUCCCACAUUUCCCAUUUCUCGCACAUGCCCAAUGGCUACUCCUCAAAGGCCCGUUCUACAGCUGAUGGCCAGUCUCACAGGUCCUAUUCUCAAAUGUCGAACAAGUAUCGUGGUCUUGGCAACCCAGAAGUCCGCAAGUCACAGCAGUCCUUAUCAGCUUUGUCAGGAACCCAUUCUUUUCUUGAUGCUCACGUAGGUCCAACAACGCGACCACUUGCCAAUGGCAAAAAGAGAGUGCUGCACAAUGGCCGGCUUGCAUCGGCCAGUUCUAUGCACUCGCUCAACGAGUAUGACUCGGACUGGAAUGCCCGGACAGAAAACUGGAAGGACAAUGAAGUGGACAUAUACGUAGGGCAGAGUCAUGUGGCACCUUCGCACAGCAAGUACCACCACCGGUAGGACACUUGCCCUAAUUUGUUGUGCAGCAAUGGCAUCAGAGUGCUCACACAGCACCACUAGUGCAAGGUGUCUAUGUCAGCGUGUAAGCAUGAUUUUCUGUCAUGCCAGACAGCACUUGUCUUUAGUGGUGCUCCAUAAUGGCUGUUCAUUGCAACCGCAACUUUUCUGCCUGUAUGAAAUGUUGACAGUGAAGUGCCAAAAAAACGGGAGUAUCGCUGAAGAACUUCUGCAACUGUGCUCUGGAGCUACGUGGCUGAACUAUCAGAGUGCUCGAGACUUUUUGUCGUUUAGUGUAAAGCUACAGUGAACUCAGGAGUGCAGACAUGCACAACCUACUAUGUUCACACUGCUGAGCAGUAUGUUCAAAAAGGACUAUGCUUUAUACAUUACACAAAUAGAAAUGCUGUUUAGCUUGGCCAUUGCCUUGUGACUCACACACAAUACAAGUAACAAAAGCAAAAAAAGAAAAUAAUGUAUUGUUGACGUGUUUCUUUAUGCAGAGUGGUUGGAAGGGCCAGAAAAGAAGAUAAGUCACAUUUGCUAAAAUGUUUCACAACUGUCAAUUUCAUCAUGCAGUCACUGAGAGAUUUUUAUAUUGUUGAUAAGCCAAUACAGAUAAUAAACAGAAAUGACCAUAAGCCGUUAUAGAUAAUGAGCAGGAACGAUCACAAGUUAUGCCUCAAAAUACAUUUAUUUUCAAGAUUGAAACUGCCCACUUAACAAUCCCUUCUCCUCAUGUCAGUCUGAAUCAUUAAUUUAAAUAUGACAAAAUUCAACAGUAGAUUGUCGCAACAGAUGCUGAAAUAACGCAUAUCAUAAUUGAAUAUAUGUACAGUUGUGUGUUGCAAAUGCAGAUAGCUAGUUAAUACUCUUAUGGUGAUUACCGUGUACCAAUCAAUGCUUUUAUCAUGCAUUUUCAUUUAUAAAAAACCUCAUUAUUCAUCCUGUACAGAAUUUCUGGUGCCUGAACAAUAUACUUUUCCAACACAGUCGAAGAGCUUCAUUUGCUGUCAUGAAGAUAGUGCAAAACAAGCACUAUUAUGGAUUGUACCACCUUUCAUGAAAUGUACUUCAGGAAUCUGUGAAAGUAGCAUAGAUCUACUUUGAAAAAAAAAAAAAAUCCAUGAUCAAUUGUUGCCAAUCACUGAUCUACUUUAAAAAAAAAAAAAAUCUAUGAUCAAAUGUUUCCAAUCUGGUCCAGUUCCUUACACUUACCACAUUGAAAUUUCUUCAAUCAAUUAUUAAAACACGUUUUACAUUUGCUGGUUAAAAUUAGUAGGGAACUAUUUAAAACUUGUCGAAUGCCUUUACUUUAUCAAACGAUAGAGGCAAUUGUAAAGUUGCUGUCAAGACAGAUUUCGCCUAAUUUUUAUGCCAACGGUCUGAUGAGAGAAAAAACAUUGUUAGUAAUGAAGCAGAAGCGCAUGAAGUCAAGUCACACAUGGUAUUUCUAAAACAUGUUGUAGCAUUUCUUUGAUUAUGCUUUUAUGGCAGUGUUUAAUCCUAGGUACAUUGUAGUUUUUGGUGUGCUAAUGAUUAAUUCCAAAAGAAAGCUUGAAGAAAGCUUCUACAAUGCAAAAAGCCACUCCUCUCUCAGAGGAAAAUACAAAUAGGAAAGAUGGAAUCACGUUCAUUGCAACAUUUUUAUAUGCACAAGAUGAUUUUAGAAUGAAAUUAGCACGAUGUGCACGCUAACCCAUCAUAAACAAAAAAGCUGUAAAAUGCCACAAAUUACUAGUUUAGCUGAGUGAUACCUUUAAUCAGCUUUUCAAGUGUGGAAACCUCUUUCUGGCAAAAAAAGAAAAAUGCGAUUCCAUUCCAUUCUUCUUUCAUUUUUCAGCUAUGUCACCAGAACUUUGUGUUUUGUAAAUAAAUGCAUAAUAAAAAUUUCUUGCGUUCAAGAAAUUUCUGCCUUCAAA